AUGGAUACCUCGGAUAUUUACUAUGACGGUGGGCGCUUCCAACUGCAGUCACCGGAAGAAUAUGACUACAACCCGCCCUCCUGCCGCUACAGCGGUGACACGGAGCAGGUACGGAUCCCCAUGCCCCCUUGUGCCUCUGUCGAGCACCGGAGCAAGGGAACUUUACUGCCCUACGAUCUACCUCCCUGUCAGUACUCGAGGCCUGUUCAGACACAGACCCAGGAACAGGAAUACCUGACAGGUCAGGGUCGUGUACCGAACGACUACCAUCCAGGAGACAGCCCAGUGGUGGAAGGAGAGUCCCCGGCACAAGUGCCAUUCCCCUGGAUGAGGAGCUCCAGAGUUCACUCAUACCAAUCACUCCCAGGUGGUUAUUCCCAGAACGGGGACGAAUACAAGCGGAGCCGAACCGCGUAUAGCCGGGCUCAGUUAUUGGAGCUGGAGAAGGAGUUCCUCUUUAACAAGUAUAUAUCCAGGCCCCGCAGAUAUGAACUAGCCACCACACUUAAACUGACAGAGAGACACAUCAAAAUCUGGUUCCAGAACCGGCGGAUGAAGUGGAAAAAAGAAGAAACGAAAAAACGAAGACCCUCUGACCACCAUGAACCGGAGUCUUCCAAUAAGGAUUGA